GCAGCUGAGUGAUACAGGAAGCUGCGCACGUUCUUUCGAAGCGAAAAAGAGAGAGAGAGAGAGAGAAAAGGGAGUUGAAAUUACCAAACUGUCAGUGAGGAGGAGCCUAAACCAAGCAGGAGGUUUACUCCGAUCAUCCAGUUGUGCCUUUCCUCUCGUUUUUAGGGUUUUCAAAAAAGUAGUGAAAUUGGGAAAGUGAAUCGAUGGCGGUGUUGUCGAUGGAGUCGCUGCCGCUCGGAUUCCGGUUCCGGCCGACGGACGAGGAGCUCAUCAACCACUACCUACGUCUCAAGAUCAACGGCCGUCAUUCAGAGGUCCAAGUCAUCCCCGAUAUCGACGUCUGUAAAUGGGAGCCCUGGGAUUUGCCUAAGUUGUCGAUGAUAAAGUCGGAUGAUCAAGAAUGGUUCUUCUUCUGCCCGCGUGACAGGAAGUAUCCGAAUGGUCAUCGUUCCAACAGAGCCACGGAUGCAGGCUACUGGAAGGCGACCGGGAAGGACCGCACGAUUAAGUCACGCCGGUUCAAGUCUGCUGCGAAUAGCACAGGCUUGGUUGGGAUGAAGAAGACGUUGGUUUUCUACAAAGGCCGUGCUCCCAAGGGCGAGCGCACCAGCUGGAUCAUGCAUGAGUAUCGUCCUACUCAGAAGGAGCUUGAUGGUACCGCUCCUGGCCAGUGUGCCUAUGUUCUGUGUCGCCUGUUCCAUAAACCAGAGGAGAAGGCUGAAGUUCUGAAGUAUGAUGAAGUCGACCAGCCUGGCUUAUCUCCUACCACCUCUCCUGAUGAGACAUCCUCAGAUGUAGUUCAGGAAUCACCUACUCCAGAUAUGAAAGGUGGAAAGGAAUCAGAAGGUAUAUCGCAGUGGAAUGACAGUUUUGACCACAUGACCCCUGAUACUGUGACUAUGCCACCUAUUGACAGUUAUAUGGCUUCUGAUGUGGAAGUGUCUGGACCAGAAGAAACAAUCUUUUCUGGAGAAAUGAGCUUCUUUGAGCCCACAUUUGACUGCAAAAUCUUCUCACCAUCGCAUACACCAUUCGAUGCAGAACUGGAUUAUGUCGGUUCGCCUCUUGAGUUUGGCAAUCAUAACAAUGGAUUGUACUUUCAGGAUGGCACAUGUGAACAGGAUGUAUACCUCCCAGAGGUGUUCGAUGAGGUUGGCAAUAAAAAUUAUGAAAGCUCCCUCGAGGAGAGUCAGAAGAACUUGGUUGUGGGCAGUGAAGCCUAUCUAUCUGAUUCAUUCAUGUUGCAAGACAUACCACCAGAAAACCCGUGGCUAAAUGGUGCAUGGGGUUACCCAGACGCCAAAGCCGCCCAGCAUAAUCUGGACACUGGAGCUCGUGGCUUGUCCAAUGAGCAGUUUGAUAUUGAGGAUCUGCUACGGAAAACCUCAUUUGGUGCUUACCAAGCUGAAGCUCCAGCAUCUCUUUAUGACCAUAAACCUGCCAUGGAAAAUAUUGGAUAUUCUGGUUACUCAUAUCCUGAUUCUGCUGUGUCAAAUAUUCUGGAUGGAUCUACCCGUUUGAAUGAUGUCGAUAACCAUAGCAGUGAUCAAGUUGGUGGACUAAAAAUCAAAAUCAGGUCCCGCCUUCCUCAAGAACGACCAAAUUCGAACUUUGUGGAUCAGGGUUCUGCCAACAGAAGACUUCGUUUAGCAGUUCGUAACCAUACAAGGGUUUCAAACCACAACAAAGAAGAAGAUGAAGGACAUUCAACUAUCACUGAGGCCAGAGAAGCUGGACAGAGUACUUCUGAUGAAUGGGAGAAAGUUCAUGCAAUAGAUGAUGAGGAAGAAGUAACCAGUAGGGAUUACUCUGUUAACAAGGAUUAUGAUCUUGGUGGUAAAAAUGAAAUUAGUUGUGAAACCAACCAACCUCCAGAGCCAUCAAACUCAGGCAAACCCGUAACUCGUGGCAUGGCUACAAGAAUCCGCUUGAUGGUGAAUGGUUCACCUGGGUCAGUUGCCAAUAGUAAUGUGAGUGAUACAAAGUAUGGGCAAGAAGACAAAGUGAAAUCUAGUAUUACUGAGGCCAGCGAAACCAGAGAGGAAAGUCCUCGCCUCAACGAGCAGGAGGUAAAGUGUCAUCCAAUGAAGUUGGAUGCGAACCAGAAAAUUGCUGAAGAACCCUCAACUUCCCUGGUUGACGAGAACAAGAAAACCAUUGAAGAAGCCGCAACAAAGACCAGGUCAAGGACCGGAGGGGAUGAUAAUUCGUUACACAGCGGCCAUAUUGGGAUGUCAGUGCCAUCUAAAAAUCGUCACCUGAAUACUGUGUUCAUCAUUACAGUUGGGAUCCCCUUAGUUCUAACCAUGUUCGUAGCUUUUAGUGGAAUAUGGAUAUCCCAUUAGACCUCGACGUUGCAAGGAAAGUGGCAGGCAGCAUUUUAGGUGGUUCGUUGCAGAAUCUCAUGUACUUCAUUUGAAGCAGGUGUAUUAGGACGAGUUGCAUUGUCAUUUGCGUGCGUAUAUAUAUAUAUUAGUUAUAACCUUAGGUUAGAAACCUGUUGUGUGUUAGGAUUUGGUCCUUGUUUAUGUGUAAACCUUUGAGAUGAUCGUGAUUUAGUGGACAUAUCGCAUAUGUUAGUAAUAGAAGUGAAUCGUUGUCUGUU